UCAUUUCUGUUACAAAGUUGUAUUUAUUCAUGGAUAGUCUUGAGUCGCAAGUACAAGGAACAGAGGAUAAAAGUUAUCUUCUAGUUUGGGCAUAACUUAUGGCUACGGCGGCUGCUGCGACGACGGUGGCAGUUGCAGCUGCGGUUAAUAAAAUUAUAAAAGGCAGCAGAUUGAGUUUAGGCGUCCACGCUCGCAUUGGUAGCAUUAAUACAAUUCGCAUUCGUCAGUUUAUUAUCAAACCAUUAGCAACAGCAACGAAUCGGUUCCCUUGCUUUUGCACCGCCGCAAAUGUUAAUGUAAAGGCGGAAGAGGCGGCAAAAGUUUCAUCCGAGUCAAAUUCAGAUGAUGGGCCGAGUGCAAUAGAUGCAGCCAAGAUGCUCGACAUAAGGGUUGGUAAAAUUAUAAAAGCUUGGAGACACGAGGAAGCUGAUUCUCUCUACGUGGAAGAGGUUGAUGUUGGGGAGGCUGAGCCUCGUAUUAUAUGUAGUGGUCUGGUUAAGUAUAUUCCUCUUGACUAUCUUCAGGAUAAGAAAGUAGUGGUGCUUGCUAACCUUAAGCCCAGGAACAUGCGUGGGGUUAAGUCAAGUGGGAUGCUUAUGGCUGCUUCGGAUGCUUCCCAUGAGAAUGUCGAGCUUCUUGAACCCCCUAUGGAUUCAAUUCCUGGUGAAAGGAUUUGGUUUGGUUCUGAGGAUGAUAAAGAAAAUCAACCUGAUCCUGCUUCCCCUAACCAGGUUCAAAAGAAAAAGAUUUGGGAAUCAGUGCAGCCCCAUCUCAAGACAGAUGAUUCUUGUAAAGCUAUGAUUGGGGAGCAUUUGAUGCGGACUUCUGCUGGUGUGGUGGUGUGCAGAUCUCUGAAGAAUGCCAAUAUCUCUUGAGUGAACUUGGAACUAAAAACUCAUUAUAAAGAAAAAAACCCUUGGAAUUAAAUGCUUCCUGUUCUUGCAUGGCUUGACAUUUUUUCCUUUUUGACCUCCUCCUUUGUCUAACUUCAGAAAGUUAAUUUGAUGUUAGCUUUUAUUUUCUAAUUGAGAUUAAGAUUUUAUCAA